AUGUUUAGCAUACUAAUCGCUAAGUGCAUUAUUUUACUCUGUUUCGUCAUCGGUAUUCAGGGUGUGCAAAGUCCUACAUGCCGUAAUUAUCACUGCAAUGAAGGUUUUAAAUGUGUGAUGGUAGAACCGCCAGAUGAUUGCAGAAACUGUCCAAUGCGUCCUUAUUGCGUGUUAAGAGAAUGCUGUACUAGAUGUGAUCUAAAUUGUGCUCGUGGCUACAAAUGCAUGCUUACCGCCACGGAUUGGUGCCCAUAUGCCACCUGUGGUCCUCCAGUGGAGGACCCUCCUCCAGAAGAGUGA